AUGUCGCCUAGGGCGAAAGUGGCGAUAUCCGCCUCAAAAAACACACUCCCGAGCCUCGUUCUUCCGGUGAACGCCUCGACGCUUGCUGCUCCAGACCGUCCUCCUGGGUUCGAGGUAGAGAUCCAUUACGAUACAAGCAAGCCUUUCGGCCCUCUGGGAGUGUAUCUAUGUGCCAUUGACUGCAUGUAUCACUUCGCACAGAUAGGAUGGCAUGAGGCGCUCGCUGGGGGCUUAACAGUCUGGGUGGAUGGCUUCGACGUGGAGAUUGACGUUGAAUCCGAGCAAGGGCCAACUGGUCCACUUAAGCUGGAAACCAGUAACAUCAUCCAGGGGCUCUACGAGACAAUGUUGGAUGUCUCUGCUGGUUCCCAUUUCUGUGAAGUGCUUACGACGCUCUCGCUGCACAGAAGGCAACUUGGUACUUUAGUCAUAGAGAGGAGAGCACCAAGGACACUGGAGAAGGGUAGUGCCAAUACUACGAAUACAGGUCUCACGAAAGCAUCCGCACAGGGCAACACUGUGACCUACCCUUCGGGCUAUAUCACUGAUUCCAACGAUCAUAGUUUCUCAACGUCCUACACCUAUUCCGGCACCCGUAUCAACAGUAAGGAUGUGUUCCUAGCUGUCCUCGAUGCUCUAGCAACCGCAGCGCAAUUCUCUCCAAGCACCCCUUUUAGAUCUCUCACCGCACUCAGCGCGUCCGGCAACUGCGUUAUCAACAUAGUUGAAGUCGACAGCCAAUUUCAGGUGAAUUACAGCUUCGUCACAAAAGCGCUGAGAGUCAUGGUACUGGACAUCAUGGUCACAUUACGAAACUUUGGAGAGGUGACGUUCCAGUUGAAAUGGAAAGCCUUGAAUAUUGCAGAAGGGUCAAUUCAGCUAGCGGGUCAAAAUAAAGCGCGAUAG